UAUUCGCACGCCACAUUUUAUCUACAGCGGCACACUUAACCUACUUUGACAUCCCCUUGUUUUUGAAGUUUUCCCAAAUGUUAAAAUAUUAUAAAACUGUGAGUACUAAACCAUAAAAUGGAAUGGAUGAUCGUGUAAGACCCUUAUGUUGCUGUGAAUACUUUGACGGCAACAACGAGCGCAGCCACAUCUUGCUAUGUUGCUGCAACUGUGUUGAUUUAGAUGAGGGUUUCGAGAGUCUUAUAACAGGUCAGGGUUUCCCCGACCGCAAUCGCUCUCGUCUCAUGGCGACCAUUCAAGACAGGCUGCGAAUACCCUGGCGUGGGGGCGCCAAACAGGUAGCUUUCGACGCAAUUUUGCCAGUUAUAAUCUUGCCUACGAUGUUUCUCUUGGCUGCUAUAAGUCUGUGGUGGACAGUGUUUUCGUUCACUGCUGUAGCGGUGAUCUUGGUUUCGGUUUUUAAAUUUUUCAUUCGAACUAUUCCCAGGACGAAGUUUUUUAUUGUUUGGACCGUGACUUCGAUUAUUAUUUUGUACAUAAUUUUUGAGUUUCUUGUCAUUCCAUUACUGGAGAUUUUGGUGGAGGAAAAUAUUUUCUUGACUAUAUUGUUUGCGGGGUUCUUGCUGUGUUUCUAUUUAAUGAAAAUUAGAAAUAACACGUUGGGGAAAAUUGGAGAGAGUGAGGCUGAAAGUGGUUACGUAGGUUCAUACAAUAGAUGUUCUAUUUGCCAGGUGGUGGUGCCUGAGAAGGACCAUCAUUGCGUGUGGUUUGAUUGUUGUGUGGGGAGACACAACCAAUGUUUGUUUGUUCUAGCACUGUUUUUUGCAAUUGCUUCACUACUGUACAGUUCUAAUUUAACGUUGACUUCAGUGUGCCAUCCAUUUAUUGUUUAUAAAUCAAUUUUGUUACCGGAUGACUGUUCUGAUGUGUAUCAACAAUUUGAACUUGGACUUUCGUUUGUAGCAGCGAUCUACAGCUUGGGCUUGGCGGCUUUUCUACUGAUGUUGUUUUUGCAUCAGAUACUUCUAGUUUCUCUCGGCCUCACUAGCAAAGAAUGGAGGAAUUUAUCAUUCUGUGCUAAAUGCUUUCUAGGACUCUGCUCCAAACGGCCUCACAGUCUUGGAUUUGUCAAAAACUGGUCCAGAAUUAUGUGCUCGAACAAAACAUACAGCAAUAUUGCGUAUUCCCAUUAAAUAUAGUCAAUCAAAGAUUAAGUCAUAUCAUUUUGUAUUAGAUUAAAUUAAUAUAGUGCAUCUAUCGAAAAAGAUAUAGUAAUAUAUUUAAUAACAGAUGUUACAUGAAACGCUCACUUGUACCAUAUCUAAUCAGUAAGAAUUGUGAUCCAGUUAAAAUGUUGAAGUAUUAAUUAGUUUGUGCAGGGUUGAAUAGUAUCUAUAAAUAAAGUUAAUUGACGUAAUUAAUAA